AUGUCGAACGUCGAGGAUAGUACUCCCGCCGCGCCUGACACUCGGCCCAUUCCCCAGCGCAAGGAUACCGCGCAGGAGCUCGAGAAACGUCUUGGGCAGCGUCCGGAGAGGAAGGAUCUGCAGGACCGCAACAUUCUCAAGGAUGAUAGUGUGGCGCCGAGCUUGCAGGCUGCGAAGGAGCGAUUGCAGCGUUCUCAGCUCGAGGAUAAGCUCGAUCAGGCGUUGCAGCAGCGUCCCAAGCCCGAAGAGCUUAUCAAGAGCGGUGUCCUCCAGCCGGACGAAGCCCCCACCACGCUCGAGCCCACCGCUUCUGCGUGA